AUGUUCUCAAAGUACAAGCAUAGAAAUGAACACGCACUGGAAUGCGGACUGGAGAUUUGGACGCGCCAAAUAAGCGCGUUGGACGUUGCGUUUCGCUUCCAACAUCCAUCUCAAGUUGAAAUCCGUACCGUCACAUACAUUGGGCUGAGCCAGCGUGCCGGGUCGGCACAGGGGCGCGCGUACCUCGGAUUAACGGACGCGGUGGGUCGGGACUUUGGGCUGGCGAAGCGUCGUCAUGAGGUUCUCGAGUUCUUCAUAGUCCCUGCCCUUCGCUCACCGAGUACUGGUGCUCCCCAGCCUCGCAUCAAAGGCAGAGCGAAGGGGGAUCGCAUCUACUCGAACUAUCAGCGCGGAAGCCCUGUAGCUCGAUCCAGUUACAAAGACAACGAGAGCCAGAGGGCAGACAGCGCCAAGAAACCCAUCGCCGCACAGGGAGCAACGACAGAUCAAACCCUUCGGACUGACAACGAGGAGGCGUACCCCCUCGUCAUCCGGAAGGCUUUCGGAGACCAUCACCUCGAUCUUCCAGACAACAUCGGCGACAUCACCACCGCAAACUUCACCGAGGAAGACUGGAAGAACUUGCAGGAAUAUCUGGAGAGUCACGACGAUCUCAAUAGGUUCGACUUUGAGUAUGAUAGAGACGGAAACAUAUUAACUAUCAUGUCGCCAACAAACCUCCACGACCGUCUCGUAGCGCUGCUUAGGUCGAUGAUCAGCAGGGGGUGGUUCAAGAAGUAUGCUCCGCCGGACUGGGUUGCAAAAGCACUCGCCAUGUUGAUCGACCAUGCGGAGUAUGCGUCCGUGCGGGGCAAAGGAGGUGGGAAGAAAGUAGCGGAUGUGGUGGAGACAAUCAAAGUGGGGCGUCAACUGCUCGUCACGUCGAUCAAUGAAACCGCGAAGUCUCAAGACCUUUACGAUCGCAAUGGAAAGGAUGGAGCGCUGUCAAAGCUCCUGGCCGUGGUGGAGCGUUUCAUCAAAAACAACGGCGGGGAUGGGGGUCAAGACGAUGGCGGGAAUGAUAGUGAGGGCGAUGACGGCGACGGCGGGGAUGUGGAUGAGCGCGAAGGCGAGGAUGAGGGUGCGGACGAGGAUGCCGAUCAAAAGCAACGGCCGCAACUCGUCGCGAUCACCUGCUUUAAUAUCGAAGAAAUCCAGCCGGGUCAUGGCCCUACAACGAAAUGGAAGGCUCCGUCGCAGGACGCUUACCACCUCUCCGAGCUACAUGUCGACCACAAGCGAUACGAACAAUUGGCCACGCAGAACUCAGGGUUGAUCCCGGGUGCCGGCCCAUGGCUUGCGGAGAAAGACGCAGUAUUCUUCGGGGCGGUACGCGUUUGGUGGUUUUAUAUCCCCAUUGAGGAGCUGCAGACGUUCCGGGACGGCGUCGCCCAGCAAUGGGACAUGAGGGUCUGGGUGGCAAAAGGCUUCGCCAUUCCUAUCCUACCGACCUACAACGAGACGGAACAACGCCAGGUCGACGCAUUGAUGGACAAGGUACGAAUCGGGGCGAGGAAGAAGCUAGUUCUUCUCGCGAAGCUCAUGUCGCACGGGAACAACAAGGAAGUCCUCGCGCGUGCGCUCCAGCAAGCCCCAGGAGAGGAGGAGCGACAAGCGAUGCACGAACAAUUGCUGAAGUACUUCGACGACCUGGUCGAACCUGACACGGAUCCCUUGGGGGAAGACGCCGACACCUUCGUGCCCGAGGUCUUACAAGAGAUCUUGGCCGGUAGCGAGGGCACGGCUGGGGACCGCCUGUGCGCCAACACUUCGGUCCAUGGUCAAGAAGUCAGCGUUCUGCAAGGCAGUACCAGCGGUACUCCCCUGGAGCUCGAUUCCACCAAAGACUCACGCGCAGGCUUAAUGAGCCUCGAGAAAUACGUCAAGAAGCGCAAGCGUUCGAGUCGCGGUGGCUCCGAAGAUGAGCAAGCGAACGAGCGUGCUCGCGACGGGCCGAGUCGCGAGCAGAGUCGCGAGCAGAGUCGCGAGCAGAGUCGCGAACAGAGUCGCGAGCAAAGCCGCGCGCAAAGUCGCGAGCAGAGUGCACUUCGCGGGCAGGGUGCAUCUCGAGGGCCGAGUGCAUCUCGCGGACGGCUGAGAGGAGGGUGA